AUGGAGGAGAGCCCUUUACACACCCUCUUUCCUCUGACCUGGCCCAUUCCUACCCCUAUAACGCAUCCUAAUCUACUUCAACCAUCCGAUGUACAGCGUGAAGAAGAUCUACAGCGCAACGCCGGCUCCUUUCGACAUUGGUGGACGGCGAUCCAAGCGGCAAAGGACGCGGUAAUCGCGCAGCAAAAGAAAGCUCAACCCGCUGCGCCUGAAAUAGAACAGACGCUGGGUCUGCUGAGCACACCCGAGGCGCGUCUUGGGCUGCAAAAGUUGGUGUACCUAUACGAGUCUGCGCUCGCGUAUUUUCCAACCUCGUUCAAGCUAUGGAAGGCGUAUUUACAAAUGAGAUGCCUCUAUGUGCUCGGAAAAGGCGUCAAACCAAAGCGAGCAGGAGGCCGCAAAAAGCUGGCUGAGAUGAGAGAGGCGUUGGAGGAUGAAUUGGCAUAUGCUGAGACGUGGGAAGCGGGUCUUGACGGUGUAGUUGGCUGGGAGGAGUGGAAGUCUCUCAUUGCGACGUUUGAACGGGCCUUGACUUGGCUUCCGACGAUGCCACGACUCUGGUUAAUGUACUUUACCCUCUUUCAGCAUCCUCAAUGUCCAGCCCAGAUCUCCCAUACUCAUGCACGCCGAACCUUUGACCGUGCACUUCGGACGCUCCCCCCGUCUCUUCACUCAAGAGUCUGGACUGUAUAUCUCUUAUGGUCUGAAGCAAAGGGUGGAAGCACAACGGCACGCGUCUACCGACGCUAUCUCGCCAUCGACCCCUCAAUCACCGAACGGUAUACGGCUAUCCUGCUUUCUCCGGAUAACCCACAACCGAGGCCACUCGAGGCUGCAAAGUUGCUGUUGGGUCUUGCGAGAAAGGCUGCCAAAGGCAAAUACACCAGUCCCGAAGGAAAGAGCCCAUACCAGCUCCUCGGAGAAUGGCUGGAUGUGGUACAACAGUAUCCAGAAGAGGUCGGAAUGGAUAUUGAAGAAGCGCAACAGCAACUCGCUGCCGAGCCCGGUGCGAGCACCCAAAAUAAGCCAGCUACAAAGAAUGGGACUGGAUCGUUGGUGAGGUUUGCUGCGCCUCCACAACCUGUGGAAGAAGAGGAGACGUAUGAUGAAGAUGUGGACCCUUCGAGUCCUCGCAAGAUUAAUGUAGAGAAGGUCGUGCGGCGCGACGGUCUCGACGUUUACAAAGACCAAGCCGGUCGACUGUGGGCCGGCAUGGCCACAUACUGGUCGAAGCGGGGAGAGUUUGAAAAGGCCAAACAAACCUUCGAGGAAGGGAUCACCUCUGUGCUCACUGUUCGGGACUUUACCCAAAUCUUUGAUGCCUAUGCCGAAUUUUUCGAGUCGCUCAUAACUGCGUUGAUGGCCGCAUUGGAAUCACCAGAAGACGAAGAGUCGGCGGCGGAGAUCGAGGCGGACCUGGACCUCCAGAUGCAAACGUUUGAGGAACUAAACGAUCGAAGGCCGUUCCUUGUGAACGACGUUCUGAUUCGGAGAAAUCCACACGACGUUCAGGAGUGGGAGAAGCGAAUAGCGCUUUGGGGAGACAAUGAUGAAAAAGUCGCUGAGACGUAUACAAGGGCGCUGGAAACCAUUGCGCCGAAAAAGGCCAGCGCCAAUUUCCACCGCCUUUACAUUAAUUUCGCCAAGUUUUAUGAAGAAGGUGGGACGACGGGCCAGUCUGAGCCCAGCCUCGACAGCGCAAGAAAGCUCCUGGAAAAGGCAACCAAGGUCAACUUUAGAACGGUCGAGGAACUUGCCGAGGUUUGGUGCGAAUGGGCAGAGAUGGAGAUACGGCAUGAAAACUUCGAUGAAGCCAUUCGACUUAUGCAACGCGCUGCGUAUGUGCCAAAAGACCCAAAGAUUAACUACCAUGAUCAGAGUCUCCCCGUUCAGGCUCGACUCUUCAAGUCGCUCAAACUAUGGUCUUUUUACGUCGACCUAGAGGAGUCUAUUGGAUCUGUUGAAAGUACAAAGAAAGUCUACGACAAGAUUCUCGAGUUACGAAUAGCAAAUGCUCAAAUAAUUGUCAACUACGCUACCUUCCUGGAGGACAAUCAGUAUUACGAGGAAAGCUUCAAAGUGUAUGAACGGGGUGUCGAAUUGUUUAACUUUCCCAUCUCAUUCGAAAUUUGGAACAUUUACUUGUCAAAGUUUGUCAAGCGCUACGGUGGUUCCAAGCUCGAGCGAACACGAGACUUGUUCGAGCAAGCGCUCGAAAAGUGCCCUCAAAAGUACUGCAAACCCCUCUUUCUCAUGUAUGCGAAAUUGGAGGAGGACUAUGGAUUGGCGAAGCGGGCCAUGGCCAUUUAUGAGAGAGCUGCUUCGGUGGUGUCCGACGAGGACAAGUUUGAGAUGUUUACUAUCUACAUCGCCAAAGUCACGGAGAAUUUCGGCUUGCCAGCGACCCGAUCCAUCUUCGAGAAGGCACUCGAGGUACUCCCAGACCGACAAACGGCUCAAAUGUGCCUGAGAUUUGCCGCAAUGGAACGCAAGCUCGGCGAGAUUGACAGAGCACGUGCGAUUUAUGCCCACGCUUCGCAAUUUUGCGACCCGCGGUUGUUCCCCGAAUUCUGGUCCGAGUGGAAUCAAUUCGAGGUGGAGACGGGCUCGGAAGACACGUUUAAGGAGUACCUGAGGAUCAAGCGCAGUGUACAGAGCCAGUACAACACGGAAGCAUCCUUCCUUGCCGCCCAUACCCUCGGAACUCAGAAGGAUGCAAAAAGUAUCGAGCCCUCUGCACCUGUUGAUCCUAUGGCUGCAGCGGAGAAGCAAGCUACCAAAGGCCCCGCUUUCGUCCGUGCCACGACCACGGUUGUGAAACCUGCAGAGUCAAACGCAGACAAGUCAAUGCAAGACGGUGACAAGGCUGCAGAAGGCAACGAGGAAGAGAUCCAAAUGUCUGAUGAAGAGUAG